CUUGAAACUCAAACUUUUUAUAUCGUCUUCGUCAGGAACUACCCAGCGACUGUGAAUGAAGAUUACAAAUUCAAAUCAGGUUGUGACUACUUUGCAUAGUUUUUCAGUCGACUGAGUACAGGGACCCGAACCAAAGGUCCCCACAACUUUCGGUAGAGUUUGUUGAAGAGAACGAAGAAAUUGGAAUUCCAUCAAACUCCAAGAACAGUGACUUCCUAAAAAAAAAACUACAAGUUUCAUCCCUCACAAUCAAAAGAAUGCCGACUCAACAAGGACCUUCCUGUUCCUCUCUCCGCAACGCUGACGCGUUGAAAGACAAGGAUCUUGCACGUAUCGCUUUCCAAGGCGAAGGGUUUGCUACCAAGAGCGGUUCCGGAGACAAAGUGGAGGCUUUACUAGAGUCUUUGCCAGAAUCGUUAGAGGAACUGUCACCAGACGAUAUCGAGAUUGUGCACGCGCCACAUUUCGACGACAACGCUAUCAAAGAAGUCGUGGCGGGUGCGGUGAAUGACGCGAUUGAAGAUGCGACAUCAACGAAAAGCCAAAGGGAUGAAGCGGCUUUGUUUAUGAUGAUGAUGAUGAUGAUGUCUCACAAGCACGUAGUUGCAGACGAAAGUAGUAGCGUAGUGGUCUUUUUUACCCCUGGAGUGGGUUCAUUCAUUCACUCAUCUUCAUGAUGAGUAGUUAUUGUUGUACUUUGAAAUUGUAGUGAAGACCUUCGUCCUCCUGAAGAUUUUUAGAAUAUCCUAGUGCUAAGUCAUAUUACUUGUUUAGAGGAAUUGCAGAAAAACUCUUGCUAAUAUCUUAGAUUCUAAUUCCUUGCAAGAUCUGUGCGAACGGUUAGAAGAGGAAUGUCCGGAUAAAGGCGGUAACACUCACACCUGGGCAGCGAGUGCAGGAUUCGUGCUACAGACUUCGAAGCGCUGUGACAUCAAAUGCCGGUUGCCUACGGGAUAUACCUUUUUCUUCUGGAAAGAUGUGGAGGAGUAGAAAAUUUGAUGCCUUCUACGGGAUAUACCACCUCCUUCUGGAAAGAGGAAUAGAGAAUUUGAUGUGCUAGCUGGUACAUUGACAACCUGAGAAAUGUCGAACCCAAUUAUCCCAGAUAUUUCCUGAUUAUAUGCAUUUUUCGAAUUUAUUUUCUUUGCAACAUUAUCAUUAACACUAAAGUUGAUUUGUAAAAGCUAUCAUGGUAUCAUGAGCGAGUCUGGCUCUCUUGUUGUUCGUGGUCGUGAAGACAAGGCUGUCUCGCCAAAUGCUUCUAGCAUGUUUCAGAAUGAUCAAGUUGGGGACGCCAGAGGAUCCAUCUAUUCGACAAAAGCAAG